GCACAGCGGCCAGUUCGGCACGAUAAACAACUUCAGGCUUGGCCGACUCCCCAGCGUUCCCGUAGAAUGGAACGAGAUCAACGCUGCCUGGGGACAGACCGUGCUGCUGCUGCACGCCCUCGCCAACAAAAUGGGCCUCAAUGUGCGACGCAACAGAUACCGCCUCGUGCCGUACGGCAACCACUCGUAUUUAGAGUCCCUCACGGACAAAUCGAAGGAGCUCCCCUUGUACUGUUCUGGAGGGCUGAGGUUCUUCUGGGACAACAAGUUUGACCACGCGAUGGUGGCUUUCCUGGACUGCGUGCAGCAGUUCAAAGAGGAAGUGGAAAAAGGUGAAACUCGGUUUUGCUUGCCUUACAGGAUGGAUGUGGAGAAAGGGAAGAUUGAAGACACGGGUGGCAGCGGUGGCUCUUACUCCAUUAAAACACAAUUCAACUCUGAGGAGCAAUGGACAAAAGCGCUAAAAUUCAUGCUGACUAACCUGAAGUGGGGCCUUGCCUGGGUCUCAUCCCAGUUCUAUAAAGUAGCCACGUAA